GCAAUCAAGCGUAUAUAGACGCCUACAUCUUGGAUCAGUGCUGCAAAAGCGAGAUGAGCAAGCCCGAAUCGAAUGUCACGGCGUCAGAGCAUUGCACCGAAUUGAAAUAUAGCCAAGUAGAAUGUUUAUUGCUUGCGUUGUUCGGGUUAUUCAACGACGCUCUGCAGAAAAAGCGAGUUAGUACAGGUAAACCGACACAAAUUGUUCGGUUAUUGAAAAAAAAAAAUGAAACUACAUUUGUCCAGAGACGUGGCUAUGCGUGCAAGAUUACCGUGCAUCUUGGUUUUCCCUACACACAGUCUCUUUUAUAUCUGCUCUAUUCCCAAGCUGGGAACACGGCAUCUCAAUUCUUGGCUUUUUUGCUGAGUUACAUUUCUUUUAUGAUGCAUAUUACGAACAGAGUGUUUCCAACUUCCUUCUCUCCAUGCUCGUCUACGGACGAGGAUUCGGCACCCGACAGUCCCUUUACGAUCAUCGAAAGCACGUUUAGAGGGGAGAUCAUCUACGAGACACUCUGCUGCACCUGCGAAACGCCGAAAGACAUAAAUGAUGUCUUCCUGCAUUUACCUAUCGACAUAAAACCGCACACUUCUGUCAAGCAUAGUUUGAAUCGCUUUUUGAGGACGCAUUAUACACGCAGAAUUUUUUGCGAGCAGUGUCACAGCCUUCAGGAGACCAAAGUGUCUCCGAAAUUCGACUGUUUGCCCAAGGUUAUGAUCCUGAAUCUAAGGCGAUGCAAAAGUAAAGGAAACGUCCGAGAUGAUGUCAGUAUUUCGCAUCAACUUGCAUAUUCUCACGAAAUCCGCAUACCGCCGUCAGAAACACUGUACACACUAUAUGCUGUCAUCGCCCACUAUAGCCCACAUUUCUCUGGGGAUUACGUCAGCUAUGUUCGGUCCAAAGAAGGCUGGAUCAUGUUCGACGAGCUGGGCGUUCGUUCGGCCACGACUGUGACGCCUAAUUUUUCUUUCCUUGAUGUCUACGAUAGCGUCAAUCAACGCAUCGGGAAAACAGGCGUCUUUGAAGAAAUCCUGUUUUACGAGAAAUCUCAAAUAGAUUCACUAACGCUAGAAACCUCGUAACUGGAGGCGCCAUCUGCCUCGGUCUUCGUCACGACAGAUCUUGUCUUGUUUGGCCGAAAUCCGCUUUUCUCUCUCUCUCUCUCUCUCUCUACUGAAUGAAACCUCUUUACUGUCGCGGAAACCAAAGCGACACUUUGUAAAAGAAGAGAUAGCUCUAUUUGAUCGCGUAUUUGUUCCAUCUGGAGUGAUCACCUUUACCGUGCAUGUCUCCCUUACCCACGUCUGGUCGCGGCGUGAGUUUACAAAAAAAAGCGUCUUCUAAAGCUUCAACUUGAUUCAAAGCGGCAUCGAUUUUCAUUAUGCGCUCGUUUGGCAUUCAGCAGGCCGGAUACACAUGAAACGAGAGUGAUCGGCCCUAUGAAGUCGACGGCAACCAGUUCGACAACGCGGCUCAGAGCCGCGUUUCCACUUCGAAAAAUAGAGCACGAAAAAAAAAAAGCUAGAACAAAAUCUAGAAAAAGCUUGUCGAUCGUAUAGCACAAUUUCUUCGUUCUGAUAGCCCGUCUGCACAUUCAGAAAUAAAAUCCUUUUUGACGCGAACCGUU